AUUCGAGCUUUUUUCAUCCCUUCGAAAACAUAUUGAGUGCUCGUAAUAAAUUUCAACAAAAGCGGUACUACCAUGUAGCAAUGGUCGCUUAAUCAUGAUGGUGGCUAACCUUGGCGCAAACACGUCGAACGUGGAGGCGACAGCGUAUAUCAGUGCUGUGGCAGCGUUCGCGGUUGUGGUGCUAGUUGUACUUCUAUUCCUCGGCAAAAAGUGCUACGCAGUUGGCCUUGGGCGUAAACGGAACGGUAUCCUCAAUGUAGACGCCAAUGUCGACAACAACAGGCUACCCCUCGACGAUGCUCAAUUUGAUGCUUUGUCGAAACCCAUCCAAUACCCCGAACGAAUUUUCACGUUCGAGACCUCCGACACCGAUGAAGAGCUGCGUUUGCGCAUCCAACAGGAUAAGGAGGAAAUUGAGUGCAGAUAUGAAGAGAAGAACGAGAAUCAGUCGAAAGUGGAAGUGGACUUGAUUGAGAGCUCGUUGAGGGAGACGAGGAUUGAUGAGGUGGUUCCUCAGAGGACGGAGUACAUACACACGUUGGAGGCGCAGAGCAGCGUGGAUAGUGACGUCAUCGCACAUAAUGACACGUCUUUGCUCUGCGGAGAGAGUGGCAGCUCAGAACGAGGUUCAGUGGAGCUCACCCUGCUGUACGACGCCCCCGUCAGGAGUAUGACGGUACAUGUAUUGCAGGCACGCUCUUUGCCGCUAAAAACUCAGGGGCAAAUUCUACAAAGUCAGGUUCGCGUUGUUCUCAUGCCGCUAAAAAAACAAAAGUAUAAAUCUAAAAUCCGCAAUGGUGAAAAUCCACAAUACAUGGAAAGCUUUGUUCUCCACAAAAUUAAUCCUGAAGAUGUUCAUGGUCUUGGUUUACGUAUACGCAUUUAUGGAUGCGAGAGGAUGCGACGUCAACGGCUUUUGGGGGAGGCCAACGUGAGUUUCGCAACACUGAACUUCGAACUUGAGAACAGCUUAUGGUUGCAGCUUACUCCACGACAACAUCAUCAUCAUCAGACUACCUUACAGCUUCCCAAGCUGGAGUCAAGUCACAUAAUAUCGGGCGUGCUGGCGAGUCCUUCAUCAAUCACGACGGUGUCAGUCCCGGGGGGUGCGGGAGGCGAGGCCUGCAGCCUGGCCAGGUCUGACUCCGCCUCGUCCUGCUGCAGCACGCGCUCUGCACCAGAACUACUGCUUGGCUUGCAGUACAACCCUACCACCGGCCAUUUGUCUGUUGAGAUAAUCAAAGGUACUCACUUCCGCAAGCUAUCACCCAAUAAGGCCCCUGAUACGUAUGUGAAGCUCUGCCUCAUCAGCUCUCUUGGUAUGGAGAUGGGACGCUGCAAGUCCACCACGAGGCGUGCCCAGUCCAACCCACUCUACAAAGAAGUCUUUAUAUUUCAGGUGGCAUUAUUCCAACUAACUGAAGUUACACUGAUGGUGUCGGUAUGGUGGCGACGCAGCGUGAAACGCAACGAGAUGGUGGGAUGGUUCUCUCUGGGGCACAGCUCGUCUGGGCGCGAGGAGGAGGUGCAUUGGCAGGAACUCUGCGAGAGACAGGGAGAACAGGUACAACGUUGGCACGUGCUGCUAGACUCUUGACGCUCGGUGACGUAAGGCGCAGCGGGCGCUACUCUUUGAAGUUUUUCAGCCAAUCGGCGACCUUCCCGACCGACCGCACCGCGAGGUGCUUUUACGCUGCGACCCUGUCCGCGUCCGCCGGUCCUACACACUCGAGUGUACACGUCAUUGGUGACGUCAUAUUGCUGAUGAAAUCAGCGCUACUGCAUCCUGUGUGUGUUUUCCUGAUGCUCUUCUAUGUUUGAUGUUCGCAGGUGGCUUCAGCAAAAAGCUUUGUGGGUUAUGAUUGUUCCUACAAAACGUUAGGUUUGGAGAGUAUUGUUCAAGUAUUAUAAUUAUUAUGUCUACCUCUAUGUUCUAUUAUUAACGUUAUUCUUUCGGAUGUUUGCUUACGGCCAUUCGCAAUGUUGAGUCUAUCUCCGGUUGUGGCCUACUUGAAAUAAAAAAUCGUAACUAUCCUUGGAAACUCAUCUUAUCCGUACACGCUGUCUGUCAAUGGGAGGACGUAUAGCUCACCAGGGAUAGAAGUAUGUAUGGAAAUUACAACAGUGAACUGGCAAUAAGAAUGACUUAUCGGGUAUAUUGGGACAGCUUCAGAUUAUUGACAGCUAAUUACUGACAGUAGAAGGUAGUAAUUUAUCUCUAUGUGUAGAUUGUAUAUUGGGAACGGCCGUAAAUCAGCAAAAUUCUUAUGAAAAUACUCAAUUUAUAUCGAUGUUGUUUUAAUGUAUAUCGCUGUUUGUUUUAUCACCUAGAUUAUUAAAAUGAGGAAACUUUGUAAAAGUUUCGUAGUGUAGGUAAUGGAUGAGAUUCGGAGCGCACAACUCUUGUGAGAAACUCUAGUUAUUAAUAUAAAGUUAUAUAUUUACCUGUUCGAUAUUUAUUAAUAGCAUUAGUUUUUCAUAUUUUCAUACCAACAGCUUAAUCAGAAAUUUAUCAUGAUUCUAAUUGUAUCUAUCUACAUUAGAUAUAGGUAUAGUUAUAUUAUAUUUAUAAAAAAUAUUAUAAACAACAGAUAAAAUAUUUGUUUCUUUUUGUAUUUUUAAGAUUGUUCCGUCUCUGAGUGUAUCAAGUAUAUAUACUUUAAAGGAGUGAUUAUAUUUUAAAAUAAAACCAAAGAUUUUCUAUUGUCUUAGUUCUUAUUAUAGAUCAUCGUAUUUAAAAUUUAUUCUACAUAAAAAAAUUAUGGGCAAAAGCUAUGAAAAAAAAACUGUUUUUAUUCCAUAUGGGUUAUAGCUAGGGUUGCCAUCUCUGAAAUCUGGCAACCAGGACGAGAAGCGUGAAAACCCCGGACUUAGGACCUUAAAAGCCGGACAUGUCAACAGUAUUUUUUUAAGUUAUUCCGUAAAUUAAAAAUAAAAUAUUAAUUUCUUUAGUCUCCUCUUGGAGAGUCGGUUGUUCGAGGAUAUCGUGUUUGCAGGACAUCAGAAGUUCGCAUGGAAGUGACUUUACAACUUUUAAACCCGGACUAUAAUUGAAGCCCGGACGCUCCCCGGACGCCUUCUAUACUAGGACAAAUCCGGGGAAUCCCGGACGGUUGGCAACCCUAGUUAUAACAAAUGUACUUCGUUGGAUGUCCCAAGUUAUUACUCUAUUUCUACUUAGUACGAUAAUUAUGCUUUUAAAUGUUUCAUUGUAGAAAUAUAUAAGAAUACAUUUUAUAUUUACGUGUAUUUUGCUACUGUUAAUAUGAGAUUUCAGUAUUUUUGCAAUUUAUGAUGUACCAAUUUAUAGCUCUUCUAUAUGUAUAAUAUCUUUUAUGUUUACUAUUCACUUGUUAGAUUACUUUAAGACUCACUAACUCGAGACAUUUGUGUAUUUCAAGGGAAAGUAUAUUCCAUGGUUUAUUCAUUCUUUAUUUUCUUCACAUAUAAAACUAUUGGUUUUUUAGGUAAGGCUCGUCUGCUUUCUAGUGUAUGGAUACAAAUUGUGGUACUAGCUUAAUUAUAUAUCGAAGGCUCUGUUAUUACCGGUUAAAGCCGGUUUGUAUCUAUAAUUUAGUUUGAAGUGUAAACUUUUUGGGAGUUUUUUAUAACCCUUAUGAACCAGUUAAUUCCACAAUAGUUGGAACGAGUAUAGUGUACCUACAAAAUGUUCAUUAACAUAUAUUAGGUAAUGUGCUCCGUCUGAUUACUCGACAAUGAAAAAAACACGAAAUUCUAACAAAUAAUAAAAAAUAAUACCGUAAAUUUUGGUUAAAGGCUUAAACUAAAACUUAAACGUUUAUCGGUUAGAAAUAUUUUCGAUUAUGUUUGUAGAACUAAUAUAAUCUUCAAUAUUGGCUAUAUUUGUUACUUUGCAGACGAUAGAGUUUAGGAUGAGGCUUUUUUUUAGUUAACUGUGUGUGGUGUAUGUAUUUACUGAAUAAAUUUAGGUUUUUUUGAAUGUUAUAACGAUAUACGAGGCCAUGUCAUAUUUAACUAAUUACGACCAAAUAUGUCAACUAUAGAAAUGAAAAUUUCUUUGCUUUUGCUUACUAAUAACAUAAUUAUUGCUUAAACGUUUGAAAAAAGAGAAAAGACGUAGGUAAUUAUUAGAUAUAUUUUCAAAACUUUUUCCUUACAAUUUCGAGGUUAAAUUGAAUGGAACUCUCAUGUUUUUACAAGCAGCGUAAGUUACAAUUUAUACCUUUGUAAAUGUAUAUUAUUGUAAUAUUAAAAUCGCUAGAAAUUCUAUCAAGCGAGCUAUGCCUUCAAUAGCUAGGAGGAUAUAUAUUAUUACAUAUUGUUUAUUUUUAAAAUUUUAUAUAAAUGCUUUGUUGAAACUGCAAAACUGACCGAUAUAACUAGUUUCUAUAACUGUAGAGUCCAACCCUACCUAUUACGAAUUGACCAAUAUAUUGUAUUGUAGUUUUCAUAAAGUAGAUAGUAGAUAGAUAGCUUUUAAUACAUUCAUUGCCACAACUAUAUUAUAAUUUAACUUACAGCGGUUUUCAAUAACCUAUCUAUCCUUUGUUUAAAUUACUAGAGGUAAGACAAAUAUAUCCUUUUAAGCUUACUUACAUUUAUUGAAAUGUUAUUGAACCUAUCGACAUAAAGCAUUGGACUAUAACUAUACUGGACAUAACUAUGGAUAUAUAAGAUCUUGUCAUUAAUCGGUGACAGCAAUGUAUCCGUAACUAGAGAUACGUUAUUGAAAACGGCCGUUAAUUGCUUUGUGUCUACUAAUAAUAAUAUAAUUUGAAUACGUCGGUGCCACAAUAGGUUGAACCGAUGACUCUCAAUACAGAGUCCCCGGUUCGAUCCUCACCAGCUACAUAGGAAUGUGUUUUCGAAAUCAUAUAUAGGUUUAUUCGACGCUUUAUAAAGUCGGCAACAAUCCUGUGAUUCCUCUCUUAUUACAGCAUGCCUCUCUUCCAUUAAAAUAACACCCAUAUGAUACAUAUUAUGUCGUGGUUUCUUUCAUAAACACGGAUGAACAUAUUUAGUUCUUCGUACACUCCAUGUCCAUUCUGUCACACGAUUUUCCUACUGUCAUAGAUAUUUGCAAGUCACUGCAUUGCUUCAAAAGUUCACUACCACUAUUUUCCUUUAAUCUUUUUAUAUUAUACAUGAAACCAAAUGUGCUUUCAUGAUAUUUGAGAGCCUCAAAAUGAAUGAAGUACCUUUAAAUUCCUGAAAUUGAUAACAGUUUAAACUUUUUUUUUGGUAUAAGUAUAUAUAUAAUUUUAUUAUUUUCAUUGUCAAUGUUUAUGAUAGCAGUAGACUUGGGGGAUUAUAAAUAUAUAAAUAUUUAAUUCUCGAAGUCUGUGUCUCGGUGUCUAGAGAGUACCAGCAUUGAGAAGUAAAAUUCCCAACAUAAUGCUGACUAGACACCAUUUUGGUUCUGUAAUGUCCAUUAUUGUUAUAAGUUAUAAGAUUUCUGUUAUAUUUUUGAACCAAAUAAACCUUUUAAUUAUUAUUCUAUGACAUCAGACCUUACAAAUUAUUUCAAGAACUCCUCCAAAUCAGUCUUCUUAGUAAGUAAUAAAUAGCCGUAUCCCGAGAACCCUUUGAUAAUGUUAAAAGUCCUCAUAUGUUUGUUGUAUGUCGUCUUAUGUCUUUCAGGUUUUGAUGGGAUGUAUUGCUACUUUUUAGAAGUAAAAAAAAUACUUUGCAGCAAGCAGAUAUGUAACAUACCUAAUGUAUUUAUUGAAUCACUAACGUUCUACUGUCACAUAUUUAUUAAUGUAAGCUAUGAAAUCAGUGCACUAUGAUAAUGUAAACAAUCAUCUGCUUACAGAGCCAUGAAGAAUCGUUUAGCUUUUGUUACUUUUCAUAUAAGAUGAUACGUUAUGAGAAAGCCCGUGAAUGCCAAAAAACUACAUUUAUUUUAUAAAUUUGGAAGUAACGAGUCCAGCUGGACAUUCGGCUUUAGUUAUUGUCGUGCUCGCUUCAUAAAAAUCCAAGAUUCUAAUGGACAAUGAGGAACAAACAUAAACUUGUUAUGCCUACUACUCGGUGAAGUCGAGUUAGUAAGUCUACAGUCUUACAAUAUGACCCCAGAAAAUGUACAAAACAAAUGUGUUACGAAAUAUAACAGAAUUGUUAAAAAAUGUUUGUGUAGGAAAGGUUAUUAUAACAUAACCGAUUUUCUUAAUGAUACCACAGACUGGGAAUGAAGCGCACACAAACUGGCUCACAAAUUAUAAAUGUUUAUUGUACGAUAUUACAUUGUAAUCCACAUUUUUUAUAAAAAAAAAGGUCCGCUGAGUUUCUUGCGCCCGUUCUACUCAGGUCUGAGGCAAUCUAUUUUGAAUUGUUGGUAGUUUUUGACGUUAAUAAGGGAUUUUAAAUCCAAUGUUGAAUAAAAAUAUUUGAAUUUAAAUGCGAUUGCCCUCAUCACCUUCAAACACCAUGGUCAGGUCUUUACAGCCCAGAAUUACAUGGCGUAUCACUUACUAUCAGUUCUUGGUGGACUUGUCAAGUGACAAGAAUAAGUAUUCUUAUAAAACAAUCCUGUUCAAUGAAACCUGGUUAAAUAAACCAGCAGACCGAUACUGCUCAAACACUACGACUAGAUUGCAUCAUAUUUUUAGCUGUUUUAGUAAAGGUUUAAGUCAAAUUCAACGUUAACAGUAACACUGACUUUAACGUAGACUGCGAAAUGUGUUGCACCGUCGUAUUCCUUGGUAUUAAAAGUUAAAAACCAAGUCAAUAUCGAAUAUUUAUUUGAAAAUUUUUACAGUUCACUAUUAACAUUAACAAUAGCUUUAACCAGCGAAGGUUGGAUUGUUAUAGUUAACAGUUAAAUGUCAAAUGGUUCAACACAAUAUGUUAUUGCUAAAGUUAGUUGAUACAAGCCUGCCUGUGUAUUAGUGUACAUUUGUAGCUGUAAAACACAGCCGGGGCGUUAAAAAUCGUGUUUGUUUUUUUGUUUUCCAUGUGAUUGUUGAUUUCACGACAAAAUAUGUUUAUCGAUAAUGUCAUUAUUAUAUACGUAAGUUUAUUUAUAGCAUGUAUAAUUUAAUAAUACCGACAUCUUUGUGAACUUUUUACGCACAAAUUAUAAAAUAUCAUUAAAUACAAUUGUUAUUAAUAUUAAAAUAUAGUCACGGAAGCAAAUAUAAUACAUAAUUAUAUAACUGUAUUAUGUACGUUAGGAAAUAUUAUUUUGUUUUUGUUGCUUGCCAUGAAAUAACGCGUUUUUAUCACUACUUACUACUACUUUAUACUAAAACAAGUCGUACAUAACUAAUAUGAAUUUUCGAGAUCGCCCGAAAAAGUAUUUAGACUGUUAUCCUACUGCCGACGAAAAACAUUUUUGUGGUACAUAUCCUGGUGCAGUACAGCAACCAACAUAUUGUGUUUCGACGGCCUAGUGUUGAUAUCACUGCCAUUUAUUAUGGGUCUUAUGGAUCUAAGAGCCCGUGGACCCCGGAACUACGUUAUUUUAUAAAGUCAGGGUCAAAGUCAAAAUAUUUUAUUGACAUAAAAUCAAAAGACUGCUCGUCAACGUCAAUCACAAAAAAUUCUGAAUAAAAGCUGAAAGUUUCUCACCGCAUGCUCCCACCACAGAUAAGAAGGUCGAUCCCAUUAUGGAGUUUGGGUUACAGUGGCUUUGGCAGGUAAACGGUACUAAAUGUGUGUAUUAUACCGAUCUAAAAACAUCAAACAAUAAAUUGCGAUUUUUCGGUAUUACAUUCAGAAUAUUAUUAAAAAUCGCGUUAGUCAUUACCAGACACUUAACAUCGUGGCAACCCCUUGCCAGACACCCUUAAUGUUCAUGAAAUUAUAAUUUUACUUACAGCGAGCAUGCGGUGACAAACUUUCAGCUUUUAUAAAAAAAACGUAGGUCUGGGGUCCACGGGCUCUUGCUCUAUUAAGUCUAGUCCCGUUUGCGGGUUUUUGUGCCAUUUGACGGUCUCUUCUCAAUCCUCUUCUCUUCGGCGUUUGUCAUCCUUUUAGCAGAACAUCUUCCAACCCUUUAUGCGGCUAUCAUAUACCUCUUCCAUGACUGCUCGGGUGCAAUAUAAUUUCUGCAGUUGAAUGUUAGAUACUGUUCAAAAUAUAAAGUUACUAUUACCAGUUUUACUCAAAUGAAACGUAACUUCGAUUGGAUACUUUAGCCAUAGAGGAAUACAUGUUCUUAAUAUGACUUUUCUAAAUAAAUCCAACAUUGUACUAAAUAAUAAAGUUAAAGAAAAACUUUUUCAUAUUUUAUUAUGUAUCAUUCUCUCCAAUCUGCAUUUUCGAAUAAUUAUUGUUAUCUAUUAUUUGAUUGAUGAUGACUUAUUUUAAUUAUAAUUCAUAUCGAAGUAUCUAAUAGUAUAAUAUGUACAAUUGUAUUUUGUUAUUAUUCACACAGUUAUUAAUCAUUUAAUCAAUAUUUACUCUAUUGUAAUUUUCAGAUACCCACGACAUUUUAACAUAUUAUCUAUAUACAUAAGUUUUACUAAAUAUCUCUUAAACCACAA